UACAAAAUAACACUAGUCAUGGCUGCUUGUGUAACUCUUCAACCCCUUUAGCUUAUAUAUAUGUCUUUACUACUUUGCUCAUUUUAUCAUUCCAAACUCUCAACUACUUCUCUUCAACAAGGUUUGGUUGAAUUAUGGGUUCCACCAGUCUUCUAAACCUCAUCUGCACUCUUCUCCUAACUACAUUGCUAGUAAAAUCAUCCCAUGGUUCUGAUGCUUGUUCUGCCUCCAACUCCAAAUCAGAUAUCUCCAUUGUCCACAUCUAUGGAAAAUGCUCACCUUUCAAUGCACCAAACCCUUCUGCAUCUUGGGCCACCACAGUCCUAGACAUGGCCUCGAGAGAUAAACAAAGGCUCGCCUACUUGUCGAGCCUUGCAGGCCUGAAGCCCACUAAAGUUCCGGUUGCUUCAGGUCAGAAUGUUUUAAACAUGGGGAAUUAUGUGGCCCGGGUUAAAGUAGGCACCCCGGGCCAACUAAUGUUCAUGGUCUUGGAUACCAGCAACGAUGCUGCAUGGAUCCCGUGCACGGGAUGUACUCAAUGUACAUCCACCAUAUUUUCCCCCAAUGCAUCUUCUACUUAUGCUCCAGCACAGUGCUCCAUGCCCGAAUGUGCCCAAGUCCGCGGACUUUCCUGUCCAGCAUCGGGCACGGGUACAUGCCUUUUCAACCAAUCAUACGGCGGAGAUUCAACUUUCUCCGCCACACUCUCUUAUGAUUCCAUUAGUCUAGGUAACGAUGUCAUCCCGAAUUAUGCAUUCGGAUGCAUCAAUGAAAUUUCCGGCAAAUCAGUACCUCCCCAAGGCCUAUUAGGCCUAGGCCGAGGACCCAUAUCACUACUUUCCCAAACCGGAGCCCUUUAUUCAGGCAUUUUCUCAUACUGUUUACCAAGUUUCAAAUCAUACUACUUCUCUGGUUCACUCAAACUAGGCCCCUUGGGACAACCCAAAAACAUCAAAACCACUCCACUUCUAAAAAAUCCCCACCGUCCAUCACUAUACUAUGUGAACCUCACCGGUAUAACCGUGGGCCGGGUCAGCGUACCCAUUGCCCCGGAGCUCCUAGCAUUCAACCCAAGCACUGGGGCAGGAACCAUAAUAGAUUCGGGUACGGUUAUAACCCGAUUCGCCCAGCCCAUUUACAAUGCAGUAAGAGAUGAGUUCAGGAACCAAACAAAAGGCCCUUUUACCUCAUUAGGAGCCUUUGACACAUGCUUUGCAGCAACAAAUGAGGAUGUUGCACCAGCCAUAACGCUGCGAUUCACCGGAAUGGACUUGCUGCUGCCGAUGGAGAACAGUUUGAUUCACAGCAGUGCCGGAACAACGGCCUGCUUGGCAAUGGCAGCAUCACCAAAUAAUAUCAAUGCUGCAGUGAAUGUGAUAGCAAAUUUGCAGCAACAAAAUUUAAGGAUUUUAUUCGAUGUGGCGAAUUCUCGCCUGGGUAUUGCUAGAGAACUUUGUAACUAGAAUUUGGUGAACCAUGCCCCUGCAUGGCUGCAUGCACCUCUGUUUCAGCUUUUUUUCGAAAUCUUUUUGUAUGAACCUGCAUGUAUUUCAACUAAAAGGCCAUAACUAAUGUAUGGCCUUUGUAACUUAUAUGUGUGUGUAGCUUGGUGUGUGAGGUGACAUAAGAAGUGAGCCAUGUUCUUGUUACAUUUGAACAAUGAUUUCAUAGAAGUUGUAAGUGUGUCCAAGCUCCUUGCAAAGGCUUGAAAUUAGGAUUAACAUUACAGCCUCAGAGGGCUCAGAUAAAUUCGGCUAGACGAUUACGAA